CAGCUACAGUGUUCAGUUCAACAAAAGGCGACUAAUAAGACAGACGUAUUCGGUGUAUUUUUAUUGCGCCAUCAAAACUAUCGGUAUUCUGUCUGUAUCCACACAUGGGUUUAAGUUUUAAGGGUGGUAUUCCUAAUGGCGAGCAUUGAAGCUGAAGCUUCAUUCUUAUGAACGACACCGUCAAAUAAGUACUAUCUUGUUUUCUCAGCUCGCUGCUCCCAACCACAACUCGCGUCGGUGGUCGCAAGACCUACGCUAUUUAAAGUGAGAAUAAUUACAAUAAUUUAAGGUUGUGCGUAGCGUGAUAAAAGAGCAGAAUAAGUGACGGUUUUGUGUCUACGUAUCAGCCUCAAAUAAAGUCGAGAAGAUUUAUUUGUAAUUUGCAUCCGAGUGUCUUGAGAGCCGCCCACCUUUUUUCAUCAAACUCGAAAAAUUUAUAUAAGAGUGUUGACAGUGAUUUUAUUUAUACUCUGACCUGGCACACCUUUUUGAUUGAUUUAAAUCGAAUUGAGGAAUUUAUCUUCAAUUGAUUGUUUUGCUCGUUUGCUUGUUUUGGCAAAAAGGAUUACAAACAUAAAAACCAAAAUUUUAGUGUAGUUUGUUUUGUUAUAUGUUUGAUUUAUAAAAAAAGCAAAUUUUCGGCGGUAUAUCAUUUAAGGGCAUACCACGUAUAUUUUAUUUAUAUUUAUAUUUAUAUUUUUAUUCCGCGACUUGUUUUUCGGGGUCAUGCAUGACUUGAAUGUGGUAAUUGUUGAGGAACGUGUCGAUCGUGUUAAUAAGGAAUUGAUUUUGUACUCUCGAAGACGUACCAUUCGUAUACAGGGUGAUUCCGAAAAGCCUGUCGAUUACUCGAAUAUUAAAGUGACAACCAUCAAUUGCAAGGUCGGAGGUGUCGGUGAUGGUGAUAGAAGUUACUUGGUACGAAUAAAAGCAUAUCGUGGUGGCAAUAAUAAGAAAAAAGAUUUCACUAAAUCAUCAGGUAUUUAACAGUGAUGAUUAAAAUAAAUUUAAAUUGAAAAAAAAAAUACAAAAUAAAAAAGGAAUAAAAGUAAUUAGUCAUCUAAAUAAGAAGAAAAAUAUAAUUUUGAAAUAAAAAGUUUUUUAAUGUGCACGCACUACGCUGCUUAAAUUACCUCUAUAUUGUGAUAAAAUUUAUAAGAAGAAACGAACUUUUUUUAUAAAAAUUAUUUUGUUGUUGUACGUUGACUCUUUAAUUAUAUGAGUUCUCAACUUGCUGCUGCUAUAUUAAAAUAAUUAUCACCAAAAUCACGUCAUGGAAAUCGCAUCAGCUCAACACAUUCAACCACAAACCGAGGGUAUUUCAAUCAAACCAAAAAAUAAAACGCAGAAAUUACAAAAGGCGUACAGCCAAAUGGAAAAGAGCACCUCCGGCGGAAUCCAGAUAUCCCCAAAACGUGACGGUCUUGUGAGGGCUAAGAGUGACGACUCCUACGGAAGCACGCUAUCAUUGACAGUAGAUGAUAAACGAGAAUACAUUAUAGAGAAGUCGGGAAACAAUGACGAUAUCAAUGAGAGAGACGAACACAAUUUUGGUAGUGUUGGGAAGGCUAUUAGUAUCCUUGGGGCGCAAAGAGCCUCGAACUUCCGCUCUAAGUUCCGUAAGAGCCAUACAUGUGGUAGUCUGUUUGCUAAGUGUAGUUGUAGUCCACCAGUGUCACCAGCCGCUGUGGGUCUCGGUCUAAACUUGCAACUUACCCCGUUGACGGACGGUGGUGGUGGAAGUGGUACCGAUUUCAGAGCCGAAAUAGACACAAAGCUUUUUCACAACUAUAGUCAUUCGACGUCAUCAACUGUAUCUACCCCAAACACAAACACAUUUUCGCUGUCGCAUGACAGUAGUAUUGAUAACGGAUCACCAUCACAGCUUUCAAACGAGACUGCCACAAGCCCCGCCAUCGAAAUCAGUUGCAGUCCGAAUCAGAUACAUAUUGAACGUGUCUGCUCGCCGACUGCGGCCGUCCCUAACAAAACUCCGCGCAAAAUUAAGCGUCUGUAUCAGUCAUUCUCACAUCCCGACACAGCUUAUAUUUUCACUGAUGAAAAUAAAAACCCAGCCAGAGAUCGUCUCAGUUUUCGCUACAGCCCUCAUCAGCCAAUAACCACUCGUGGAGGUAAAGUCGAAAUAAAGCAUCCUAAGCGGUCGUCAUCGCCGAACAUAGGCAAUUUGCAGGUGUUGGACGUUGCAGUGCAUCCCGAUAUUUUGGUGAAAAUAUCCCCGAAGCACUCGCCGAAGGAAGUGAGAAAACAGCAGGCAGAUAGAUCUGAGACUCCUAUAUCAUGUCGAAGCCUCCAACAACGCCGAAGGCUUCUGAAACGUAGUGAAGAACACGAAUCCGGUUCGACUUCAGAUUCCGAAACAUAUCCUGAACUGCGGUCUCCAACUAAACCCGUUGAUGUGAAGAAUCCAGUUUCACCCUUAAGUCCAACACAACAAUUCUCAAAAAAAGACGAUGAAAACUUCACAGCAGCUCAGAAAUAUUUUCUUGAAUCUGGUAUCUUAGGCCCGGUUACCCCCACACCCACAUCAUCGAAUCUCAUACGAAAGACAUCCAAAAUCCUACAAGACUCAAACACAAUUGAGCUUAUUCGUAAGAAUUCCAUGAACUAUCGGAAUUGCGCAAAAAGCUCAACAGCAUCUUCACCAACUUUACUAAAACCUGGUGGUACUGCAGCCAAUGAGGAAUGCAGUUCACCUCCCCAAUUUUCAUCGCCCGUUCCACAAACUAGGCCCAGAUUUUAUUUAGAGCAAGAUCUGAGAGCAGCUAUGGAAGAUCAAGAAGAACAAAUAAAGUACCUUCAAGGCGAGAUUGCAUCGCUAAAUGCCGUUCUCAAGUGCCGGGAUUCAGAGAUCGUAAAGCUGAGAAGGGAAGUUCACAAGUUGAAGAGCGUUCUUCAUCAAACCACAACCGCAAUUCCAUUGAAAAACGAUGAAUUUCUGCGAAGUAUCCAGAACAACCGUUGUAUGACAGCCCAACAACAGCAAUGUCCCGAAGUAACUAGCACCAUCGGUCGUUGUUCGCCAGAAAUUCCAAAAGAUAUACCCACAGCUGGAUCCAUCUGCAUUGGCAGCACAUUACGAGACUCUGUCAGUCAGGCCGCCUAUGCAACCUGUGCACUGACUGCUGAAGGUGACGACAAGACUAAGCAAAUGGCUUUUAACAAAAACUAUCAUGCACCCUCAGCACCAGUGCUCAAGAAGCAGGGUGUGUCUGGCGAGAGUUGUGACUCAUCAAGUGUUCAACUGUCAAUAAAUGUUCCUAUUCCAAAAUUCGACAAAGAUUAUGAAUCGAAACAACUUAUCAAAGAUGCCAUAAUGGACAAUGAUUUCCUCAAGAACAUCGACUCGUCACAAGUUCGAGAAUUGGUUGAAUCAAUGUACAGCCUUGAUGUUGUUGAGGGCGAAUAUGUGAUAAGAGAAGGUGAUGCUGGCGCCCAUUUAUAUGUCUCUGCUGAGGGAGAAUUUGAAGUUGUGAAAGGUGGCAAUGUUCUAGGAGUUAUGGGCCCUGGCAAGGCAUUUGGUGAAUUGGCAAUACUCUAUAAUUGUACCAGGACUGCAUCGAUUCGAGUACUCUCAAAUGCUAGGGUAUGGGUUCUUGAUCGACGGGUUUUUCAGCAAAUAAUGAUGCGAACCGGAAUGAAGAGAAUAGAAAACAGUGUGAAUUUCUUAAAAUCAGUUCCUUUACUUAAGAAUCUCAGUAAUGAUGUUUUGGCUAAAAUAGCCGAUGUCCUAGAAGUGGAGUUUUAUCCAGCGGGGACCUAUAUAAUACGACAAGGAGCCAGUGGCGAUACAUUUUUCCUCAUUAGUCAAGGUACCGUGCAAGUGACACAAAAAAUUGGCCCUUCUAGUGGUGAAAAGAAUAUUAGAACCUUGCAGCGAGGUGAUUAUUUUGGUGAGCAGGCUUUAAUCAAUGAGGAUAAAAGAACUGCAAAUAUCAUUGCCGAUGCCCCUGGGGUUGAGUGUCUUACAUUAGAUAGGGAGUCCUUUACACAUCUUAUAGGAGAUCUCUGCGAAUUGAAGGAGAAGAACUAUGGUGACGAAAAUCGUAUUUUAGCAAUGAAAUAUGAACAGAGCAAGGAAAUAUUUGGUGCUAAUGCUAAGCAAGAAUUCCCUGAUAUGAAACUUACUGACUUGGAGGUAGUUGCAACUUUGGGUGUCGGUGGUUUUGGUCGCGUUGAACUUGUCAAGGCCUAUCGUGAUAAUUGUGUCGAAACUUUUGCUCUGAAAUGCCUUAAAAAGAAGCACAUACUCGAUACCCGCCAAGAAGAGCAUGUGUUCAGUGAGCGGACUAUAAUGCUUACAUGCAAUACACCCUUCAUUUGCCGUUUAUACCGCACAUUCCGAGACGAUAAAUACCUUUAUAUGCUACUCGAAGCCUGCAUGGGUGGUGAGGUUUGGACCAUGUUGCGGGAUCGUGGAAGUUUCGAUGAGAAUGCAACACAAUUUAUCAUCGGCUGUGUUCUGCAAGCUUUUGAAUAUCUACACUCCAGAGGAAUUAUCUAUAGAGAUUUAAAGCCAGAAAAUUUGAUGCUCGAUGAGAAGGGUUAUAUUAAGCUGGUUGAUUUCGGAUUUGCCAAGCACAUUGGUAACAGCAGUAAAACUUGGACAUUCUGUGGCACUCCAGAGUAUGUGGCUCCAGAAAUAAUACUGAACCGUGGCCAUGAUAGGGCUGUUGAUUACUGGGCUUUAGGCAUUCUAAUUCAUGAGCUCCUAAAUGGAACGCCUCCAUUUACUGCAAACGAUCCAAUGAAAACAUACAACAUAAUCUUGAAGGGAAUCGAUAUGAUUGACUUCCCCAAACACAUAUCUAGAUCUGCAAUACAACUCAUAAAAAAAUUAUGCCGAGAUGUACCAGCUGAACGAUUAGGAUAUCAAAAAGGUGGAAUUCAGGACAUUAAAAAGCACAAAUGGUUUCUUGGCUUUGACUGGGAUGGUUUAGCUAGUCAGCUGCUUAUUCCACCUUUUGUACGACCAGUAAGUCAUCCAACAGAUACAAUAUACUUUGAUAGAUUCCCAAUGGAUCCAGAAGAGCCACCUGAUGAGACUUCCGGAUGGGAUGCAGAUUUUUAAUUUGUUAUUUAUGUAUAGUCGAACAAAAUAUGAAACAUGUUGCCUUAGCUUGUACACAAUAUUAUUAAUACAAUAAAGCUCAAUAUAUUUUUGUAUUUAUAAUAAAAAUCAUACAGAAUAAAUUGACUUAUAUUUCUUAAGAACUAA